AUGCAAACGUUUCAGCUCUCCUUCCCCCUUCCGAGGUCACUCGACACCCGGAUCUACAUCCAUCUGACCGUCCAGGCGAAGUCCAUUAUGCUCUUCCUGACGACCGCAUCGGCAGACGAGAUGUCUAGCCCGCCGACCAUGGGCUCUUUUGUCUACUCGUUGCCUGACAAAUUCAAUCCAAGUCAGCCUCUCUCGACGCCCCUCUUCAGCGUUGAGUCCUCGCUGGAGUUCACCUCCCGCCUGGCCCGGCUCCUCGCGAAGAGGGCCCAGCUCCCUGUAUACGUGGGCAGCUCGGUGAGUCUCGCAGGCGCAGGGCUCGGCGGGACUGUAGAGGAAGAGAUGGAGGCUUUUAAGACGGUUGUCGAGGUCGUCACUGAGAAACUGCAGACGUCACAGGGCAUCACGAAUGGAGUGUCUGGGAUAUCCAUCAGCGAUUCAUGA